AUGCGGCUUCUCCAUUUGGACGCGCUGGGCAGACUGAUCUUGACAGACUUUCGCGGCAAGCCAAUUCCGCCCCACGCUAUCCUAUCGCACCGAUGGAGCGACUCCGAGAUCCUCAUCGAAGACAUAUCGAAUGGAAACUACAAAGAGAAAGAAGAAGGCUACCGGAAGCUCAAGUUCUGCGCCGAGCAGGCGGCUCAGGACGGGCUGCAAUGGGACAACAACGAGCGCUCGAAGGCGAUCAACUCGAUGUUCACGUGGUACCGGAACGCCGCCCGAUGCUACGUCUUCUUGUCAGACGUGUCGCUCUCAGCUGUGACGGAGACGGCUACAUGCAGCGACUGGGAGGUGUCGUUCCGUGCAAAGCUGGUCGCGCCAGUGUCAGUCGAGUUCUUCUCGCGUGAAGGACAGCGCAUAGGCGACAAAGCGUCACUUGAUCGACUACUACACGAUAUCACUGACAUCCCGCUCGCCGCGCUGCGCAACUGUCCUUUAGACCAGUUCAGCACAUCUGAGCGAAGGCGAUGGGUCGAAAAUCGCAAAACGAGCGAAGAGGAAGACAUUGUAUACUGCCUGCUUGGAGUUCUUGGUGUCUCUAUGCUUACGGCGUAUGGAGAAGGAGAGGAGGGCGCACUAAGGAGAAUGCAGGCUGAAGUUGAGGGAGCUGGCAGUGCACCGUCGAUUAUUCCAUUCUCGCGAAACCAGUCUUUCGUGGGCCGUGAACUACAGCUUGGAGAGCUAGAAGCGAAGCUCUUCAGCAAUAAGCAGACCACCACCACCCUAGCCAUUAUUGGCCCUUGCGGAAUAGGCAAAUCGCAGCUCGCGCUCGAGGCUGCCCACAAAACAAAGCAGAACAGCAGAAGCUGCUCAGUUUUCUGGGUGGACGCGAGCGAUAUAGACAGCCUCUACCGGUCUUAUACAAGCGUUGCGCAGAAGCUCAGUAUUCCUGGUUAUAACGAUGACCAGGCAGACAUAAAGCAAGUUGCAAAACGUUGUGUGGCAGCAAUUGGUGCGCGACAGUGUUUGCUGAUCUACGACAACGUAGAGGGCACCACUCUACGGCAUAGCGGCUCGUCUACAACACAAGCUGCAGACUUGGCCGACUUUCUGCCGCACUCUAAGCUAUGUUCUGUCAUCUUCACAAUGACAGAGAGCAGUACAGCUGAGGCGCUUGCUCCACAGAACGUAAUAGCGCUACAUGAGCUUAUGCCAGACGCAGCGCUGAGGAUGCUGCAAAAUCGCUUGAAAACGCCGCUUUCGAACGCUGAGCAGCAGGAAGCCAUGCACUUGUUAGAAGAGCUAUCGUAUCUGCCUCUAGCAAUCGCGCAGGCAGCAGCGCACAUGAACGUUAGUAGUAUGACAGUGCAGCAGUACCAAGCACAGCUAGACCAGCACAAAGACGCAGCUCUCAAGUACAGCGAUGACUCGUCUGAAGGCGAGCAGCGGGAAUCUGGUCGGAGAAAGGUUAUAGCUGCUACACUAUCUCUCUCCAUGAGCCAAGUCCGCCAUAGCAAUGCGGUCGCUGCGGACUAUCUCUUCUUUGCUGCAUGCGUAGAUCGAAAGGACAUCUCGCUCGAUCUUUUAGAGGCAGCUUCGCCGCAGACCCGUGAAGAUGCUGUCAAAGUACUUGACAAGUAUGCGCUCGUCACCAGGCGACCUGCUGAGUCUGCUCUCGAUAUCCAUCAACUAGUUCACCAAGCCUUACGAAAGCAUCUGAAGGCGCAAGGAAGGAUCCGAUAUUGGACUCGACGCACUAUCACACAACUACACCGGAUAUUUCCAAAUGAUGAUCACAGUAACAGGAGCAAGUGGAGACGACUGCUACCGCAUGCACAAUACGCUCUUUCUUGUAGUCAGGUGGGUGAUGGUGGUAGAGAGAGAUUAGAUCUUGCACGGAAAUGUGCCAUGUCUCUACAUAGUGAUGGACGGUACAAGGAAGCUGAAGAGCUAUUUGUGCAAGUGGUGCAGAUAACAAAGGGAGUGCUUGAUGAUGAGCAUCCGAACAGGCUGGCCAGCAUGGGAAACCUAGCGUCAACAUAUAGAAGCCACGGGCGAUGGCGCGAGGCCGAAGAGCUAGAAUUGCAAGUGACGCAGAAAAUGCAACGAGCGCUUGGCGGCGAGCAUCCACACACACUUCUCAGCAUGGGCAACUUAGCGUGCACGUAUGCGCACCAAGGGAGAUGGCACGAGGCCGCAGAGCUAGAAGUGCAAGUGAUGCAAACAAGGAAGAAUAAUGUACUUGGCGACGAGCAUCCCCACACGCUCAUCAGCAUGGGCAACUUAGCUUCAACAUAUGCGCACCAAGGGCGAUGGCGCGAGGCUGAAGAGUUGGAAGUACAAGUGAUGCAGACAAUGCAGCGAGUGCUUGGCGGCGAGCAUCCGCACACACUGAUUAGUAUGGACCACCUAGCAUCGACUCAUGUGCAACAGGGGCAAUGGGACAAGGCUGAAAAACUAUUUUUGCAAGUGAUACAGACGAGGAAGCAUGUUCUUGGUGACGAGCAUCCUGACACGCUUGUUAGCAUGAGCAACCUGGCGUUGGCAUACAUGCACCAAGGGCGAUGGAACGAGGCCGCAGUGCUGGAAGUGCAAGUGAUGCAAACAAGGAAGAAUGUACUUGGCGAAGAGCAUCCACACACGCUCGCCAGCAUAGGCAACCUGGCAUCGACAUACAAGCACCAAGGGCGAUGGCGCGAGGCUGAAGAACUUAUUGCGCAAGUGAUGCAGACGAGGAAGAGAGUGCUUGGCGACGAGCAUCCUGACACGCUGACCAGCAUGAACAAUCUAGCGGCAACGUACAGCAGUCAAGGGAGAUGGCGGAAGGCGGAAGGGCUGCAAGUAAAAGUGAUGCAGAUGAGGAAGAGAGUGCUUGGCGGUGAACAUCCUUCCACGCUGACCAGCAUCAAUAACCUGGCGUCAACGUAUUGCAACCAAAAGCAGUGGGCGCAGGCAGAAGCACUAUUUGUGCAAGUACUACAGACAAAGAGAAGAAUUCUAGGCAAUGAGCAUCCGCUUACGCUUCUCGGCAUGGGCAAUCUAGCGGCGACAUACAGCAAACAAGGGCGAUGGCGCGAGGCCGCAGAGCUGGAACUGCAAGUGAUGCAAACGAGGAAGAGAGUGCUUGGAGACGAGCAUCCAGACACGCUGACCAGCAUGAAUGAUCUUGCCUAUACACUAAAGUCACAAGCUCGUCAAGAGGAGGCUAUUGCACUAAUGGAAAGAUGCUUCCAGUCGCGCCAGCAGAUUCUUGGCAAGCACCACCCUGAUACGCAGUUAUCGCAUGAUGCGCUGAGCAGUUGGCAAGCAGAGUAA